AGCUUACCCAGGAAAUGCAAGAGUUAAACACCAAGGUGAGACCACCCAAAUAAUAGAGAGGAUUUCAAUUUCCAGAUUUUGCAGCAGUCUUUGAUGAUUUCAUUCUUCUUCUUAAUUCCCCGCUUCGCUGAAUCCCUUUCUGUUAUCGUCUGUCUUUCAAGCUGAUAGAAGAAAAAUCUGUUUCGAAAACAAAGCCUUCAAGGUUGUUCUUUUGAAAGCCAGGUGAUCCAGAAUAGAGAAACAGGUUUUUUUUAACGACGUAUUAAUCUUGAUUUUCAUCAACUGAGAGGGUUUGUUUUUGGUCCCUCAAGGUUGUUUUUACUAUUGCCUGUUCUUUAGUUUUGGUUAAGAAACAGGUAAUUUUUAGAUUUUUUUUUGCGGGGAUAUGGCAGCUACUGUAGAUAUGUAUAAUAGCAGCAUAAACUCAGUUUUCUCAGAUCCUUUGAGAGAAGAGCUAAUGAAAGCGCUUGCACCUUUUAUGAAAAGUGCUUCUUCUCCUUUGUCUUCUUCUUCUUCUUGCUCUUAUUCUCAGCUCAUCGUUCCAUCACAGCCCAACUUAUACCCUGAAUUUUGCUCCUCGUCGUGCACCACCCACUUGUUUUCGAAUUAUGAGUUCUCUAACUAUGACAACAUGAUGGGUUUCGAGCAAACAGGCUCACUCGGGCUUAACCAACUCACCCCUUCUCAAAUCCUCCAAAUUCAAGCUCAAAUCCUUCAACAACAGCAGCAGCAGGAACUGGAGCUUGCGUCCAUGGCUGCUGCAACAACAUCUCUCCAAAACCAGAGGCUUAACUUUCUUUCCCCAAAGCCUGUCCCUAUGAAACAUGUCUCAUCCGCCCCUCAAAAGGCUACCAAACUGUUUAGGGGCGUGAGACAGAGGCACUGGGGCAAAUGGGUAGCUGAAAUCAGACUCCCAAAGAACCGAACCCGCCUUUGGCUUGGCACUUUCGAUACAGCCGAGGAAGCAGCUUUGGCUUACGACAAAGCCGCUUACAAGCUUCGGGGAGAGUUCGCCAGGCUUAACUUCCCCCACCUCAAGAACCAAGGAGCUCAUGUUUUUGGAGAAUUUGGUGACUACAAGCCUCUCCAUGCCUCAGUUGACGCAAAGCUCCAAGCCAUCUGUCAGAGCUUGCAGAAACAAGGGAAUUCAGACAAGACAGGUUCAGUUUCGGAUUCAAAGCCUAUAGUGAAGACAGAGGAGUUCGAUCACAAAAUAGAUAAUUCAUCACUGUCAUCAUCAUCAUCAACUGAUCAUGAGUCCUUGGCAGGAUCAUCUUCACCAGAAUCUGAUAUCACUUUCUUCGAUUUCUCUGAUUCCAAGUGGGAAAACUUCUGUGUAGGGAAGUACCCAUCAGUUGAAAUCUAUUGGGAAGCCAUCUGAGGAGCAGGAGCCAUGCAAGUGUCAUGUAAUUUUCUUGUAUUUUGUUAGGUCAAGCUAUCUUUUGGUUUUGUGAUGGAGGGUUUCUGUGUCUCUACAAUGGAAUAUUUGACAUUUAUAGAGGAUCCACGGAGGCUUUGAAUUAGGUUCAUCAGUUUAGAUUCUGUAUCAUGUUAAAAUAUGUGCAAGGCAGAGGUAUCUCCUUGCUAAUGCA